UCUCUCUCUCUCUCUCACCUCUUAGCUUCUUUUUUUCAAUCCCAAACUCACUCUCUCUCAUAUCCUAAAAUAUAAUUAGAGCACAACCGGCAAGACCAUUCGCCGGUCACCGGAAAACCUAGUAUAUCCAGAGGUCAUGAUCCAUAUUUAAUUACUGCGUAUUAGCUAAAGAAGAUGAGCUAAAAUGGAGUUUGAAGAUCAAGAAGAGCAUGAAGAGGAGACUGAGUUGCCACCGAGUUAUGAUUCGCUUGAAAACUUAGCUCGACCCCAAAUGCCAACCCCAGUUGGAUCAGAGCCGCCAUUGAAGCCUAGGUACAGAGAGUGCUUGAAGAACCAUGCGGUGGGUCUCGGUGGCCACGCCGUCGAUGGGUGUGGGGAGUUCAUGCCCGCCGGAGCUGACGGUACCAUCGACGCCCUUAAAUGCGCAGCCUGUCUCUGCCACCGCAACUUCCACCGGAAAGAAACUCACUCCACCAUCGUCAGCGGUAGCGAACCGUUCUACUUGCCGCAGCACCACCUACUGACCCACCACCCUCACGGCCAGUUUUCUUCACCACCCUACUACCGAACUCCAUCUGGCCGGUAUCUCCAGGUGGUGCAACACCAGAGGCCAUUGGCUUUGCCGUCGUCUUCCGGCGGCGGUGGUGGGUCGGAGGAGGACAUGUCGAACCCAAAUAAUACUAUUGGAGGGGUGUCAAAGAAGAGGGUUAGGACGAAGUUUACUCAAGAACAGAAAGAGAAGAUGAUGGAUUUGGCGGAGAGGUUAGAUUGGAGGAUUCAAAAGCAAGAUGAGGAGGUGGUGGAGCAAUUCUGCAAUGAGGCUGGAGUGAGAAGGCAUGUGCUCAAAGUUUGGAUGCAUAACAACAAGCACACCCUUGGUAAGAAACCCUAGAUCAUGAAAACACCAACAGCAAACUACAGAAAAAAAAAAUGCAGCCUAAUGUAAGAGACUUCUGUUAUUAAGGGUUAGGGGACAGCCAAAUAUACUCGGUCUUACCUCUAAUCCAUAUGCAUUGCUCUAUCUAUAUUUAUCAUAUAUAUUGUAGCCAUAGAACAUCUUCAUUUGUUAGAAGCAUUGGAGAUCAAGUGGUAAGAGACCAUGAGUGAGUACUUGAAGUAGUAUGUGACCUGUGGGAGAUGAAGUUUGAUCCGGCUGAGACUUGUGCUUUCAAGGGUUAUAUUUCUCUCAUAGAUUUUUUAUCCCGUUUUCGCUCUAUAUUGAAUAUUUUAUGAAGUGAUGGGGUUCCAGUGGACAUAUGUGUCUGUCCAUUUGAUUUUAUGACUAGAUUAUGGCAAUAUUUGUGUAGUUUCAGAUACUUUGGUCUGAGGCGUUGAGAAAUGGGUAAGUUAUAUAUUAGAUUGUGUAUGUGUUUUGAGGUUUUGUGAUAUCUUAGAACUAACAUGGUUGAAGAUGAAGCUAGCUACCUAGUCAUGGUUGUAUUGAAUCUGAC